AUGACCACUGACAUUCGUCCGGGCGCCAUUGCAUCCACCUUGGUCCAACGUGUAUUUGGGCAGCCCCUUGGUUUUGGGGAAGUCAAGCUUGGCGGCGACAACACCAUUAACCAUUCUCUUUGCUUGGGCUCGCUCAAGCUCGCCGUCUUGCCGGGCAACAGUGUCUUGAAGUAUGGUCAUUCUAUUCUCACUUUUCAAGUCAAUGGUAAGCAGGAAAACGUUACUACAGUGUUUCUAGAUCUCCAGCGGUUUUGA